UUCUCUCUCCCCCUUCCCCUCCAUGGACUAACGUUCCCAGUCUUGUGCCCUGCCCCGCGCGGCACCCGCCCUAUCACGACUCAGGUUACAUGAUUGACGUGGUUGCCUUGGUGACGCCAUUUCACCGGCAUUGUGCGAAGAGCGAUACCUUGUGAGGUCGUGGGAAGCAGCCAAUGGGCGGGCGUCUAAGUAGCGAGCGCGGUAGAGGCCGCCGAGUGAAGUCCGGCGUUGGCGGCGCUGGUGUCGCUCCACUCGCAAACCCCUCGUAGUCUCCUCCGACACAGACUCGCCCCUUCCUCUCUCUCCUCUUAACCCCGCAGCUCGCGGCUCCUUGGCCCCGUGUACCGCCGCGCCUUUGCCUCCCUGCAUCUUGUGUCUCAUCCACUCGCCCCUCCAACGGUCUCGGGCAGCUUUCGUCGGUAGAGGAAAAAACAGCGCGCACUCUUUUCUUCGCACCUUUAGCUUAGAUGAAUAAUUGCGUCGAAGCGGUUCGAACGAGUGGCGGAUCUCGUCUCCCUGACUGUUGCUGCAGCCAGCCGCUCGUCGCCUGUACAAUAUCGGUGGUGUGCUCGUCUGUCUCGGCGGUAACAACAUCAACAACAACAACAACAGCGGUGGCGAGGUCGUGUAGGAGUGGUGGUAGUAGUAGUGACAGUAGUUGCCGCUGCGUCUGUCGUUGCAGUAGUUGUGAGAACUGCCGUUGUUGUACUCUUUGUGUGUCGCCGUCGGGAUGUGCUGCUAACCAGAAAAGUCGUUGUCGUAGUGGUCGGGGUCGUCGCUGUGGUGGAGGUUGUUGUUUCCGUGCUGGUGGUGGCAUCGGCAGGCGGCGACAGUGGCGGCGGCGGUGGCUCGGCGGGUGGAGGAGCUGCUGGAGGGCCCCCACAGUGGCGGCGGCGAGGCCAACAUUGACUACGCCGACUGCUACUCGCUGGGCCCGCCACCCCAACACCACCACCACCAUCACCACCAGCAGCAGCAGCAUCACCACCAACAACAACACCAGCAGCAGUCCCACCACCAGCACCAGCACCACCCGCAUAACAGCCACCACAUCUGUGACGUGCAACCCCAGCAUCAUCACCACCACCAUCAAACCCCGUCGCAUCAUCCGUUUUCCGCUCGGACAACGGCGUCGCAGCGGCAGCAGCAGCAGCGGCAGCGGCUGUACGACCGUACCCAAACGUCGGCAUGCUGCACGACCAGGCGACCACCAGCGUGGGCUCCCCGACGGGCGGAGGUCCCACCAUGCUGCCAUCCUUCGGCUUCACCCAGGAGCAGGUAGCGUGCGUGUGCGAGGUGCUGCAGCAGGGCGGCAACAUCGACCGCCUGGCACGCUUCCUGUGGUCACUUCCGGCCUGCGAGCAUCUACACAAGAACGAGUCGGUGCUGAAGGCCAAGGCCGUGGUGGCCUUCCAUCGGGGCAACUUCAAGGAACUGUACAAGAUCCUGGAGAACAACCAGUUCUCGCCGCACAACCACCCAAAGAUGCAGGCCCUGUGGCUGAAGGCCCACUAUGUGGAGGCGGAGAAGCUACGGGGCAGGCCCCUAGGGGCCGUGGGCAAGUACCGAGUACGUCGCAAGUUCCCGCUGCCCAGGACCAUCUGGGACGGCGAGGAGACCAGCUAUUGUUUCAAGGAGAAGUCGCGGACGAUUCUGAGGGAGUGGUACGCUCACAAUCCAUACCCCUCUCCUCGUGAAAAGCGGGAGUUGGCUGAGGCCACGGGACUGACCACCACGCAAGUGUCCAACUGGUUCAAGAACAGACGUCAGAGGGAUCGAGCAGCCGAGGCCAAGGAACGUGAACACGGAGGCAGCGGAGGAGGUCUGGGCAGCCAGCAGGACCCGAUGUCGCCGACGACAGACAUCAAACAGGAGAAGUCACCAGACUCCAUCAACGGGCAAGGGAAGGGCGAGGACACCUCCCCCGUGCAGCUGCAUCACCCGUCGGUGUACACCGAGAUGCAGAAGGCGGCGUCAGCGGCGAUGCAAGGGAUGCCCGGGCACGGCUCCAUGGUGCCGCACGGCAUGAUGCAGUCGCAAGGGCACGGCGGCCACCACCAAGGGGUCGGCCCCAUGGGGGGCGUGGCCAACGGCGCCUCCAGUGACGUUGGGCAACUUUUGUCCGAUUAUCAGACCUUAUGACAGUCUCCGCAACCGCGUUCACAUCUGUGUUUUGGAACAGUUUCACCACGCGAUUUCUUCUAGGAAGAACUUACAGACUGGUAGACAGACAGACCCCCCUUUUAAAUACAAAAUAAUGCGGCGACCCCUCGGCGGCGUGAGAGCAGGGUAAGGGUCACUUCCGCUUGUUACUCUUGGCCGCAGAGUGUAGCAGUAGCCGUGUUGACCUGGAGGACUCGCGACAGGUGACGUCAUGCUGAGCAUAAUGAAUCACCUGACGUAUCUCUUCUGAACGUCACGACGUUUUGACGUAUUUCAUAUUUUACGUCAUGGGCACUCCCACACACCCUUUACCCAUCUUCGGAGGAAAGAAAUGCAGAGCCGUCUCCUCAGCCAAUCGCCAGCGAGCACAAAUAGCUUUGGAUCACGUGGUGUGCGGAAGUCGUCUGGAAGAGUGUUCGCGGACAUGUUGGCAUGCCUGCUCAAGCCAGCGUUUGAACAGCGGCAAUGUGUAUCUUACAGUGACAGCAAGCUUGCUUGAAAAUCAGUUCACGAUAAUACUUUCUCGUCGAUGGAUUUGUGAUAGAAACGUAGGUUUGUUGCGCAUGUGUGUGUUGCACGCUAGCACUCGCCAUUGCCUUACAGACGCCGCCUGCGACAGUUGGGUAGGUGGCACCUGCAGUGGGAAGCAACAAAGGCUUUGUGUCUUGCAGAAAAUUAGAAACUU